AUGAACUCCUAUUUUCGAUGGUACCGCAUGGAUGAUGAUUUAUGCGUGGAGUAUGCGGAGCUGAGACUUGGCAGACAGGCCAAGAUCUUUUGAGAAAACAAGAGCUACACGGCACACUGACGAGGGCAGCCCAUCACACCAUGGGUUGAUAUGGCAUCACGCUUGAGGAACAAGUAUGUUCCUCGACAAUACGAGUCGAUGCUGUUCCUCAAUUGGUUAGACCUCCGAUAG